GGGAGCAAGGCAGAGACACAGAGAGAGGAUUGAGAGGAGCAUGAGAGAGGAGUAGUGGAGGAUAUAUCACUGAGCUGCUUUCCACUGCAGCGCCUGGCUUUCACUAAAAAAGCUCUGUGACUGUGUUUUUCCUGCUCUUGUUUGCCUAAUUUAUUCCUGCCGGUGCCAACAGAAAGAAAGAAAAGCGGAUGGGCAGAGUUGUAAAGAGUGCAACAGUACACCCUGACUUGCUGACAGGGAAUGCAAAAGAGGUUCUGGCCUCUGGUUGUUACUGCUGGAUGGACAAGCACUGACAAAACAAGAGAAGAAGAGAGGGACGACACUUUGAGAGAGGAGGCCAAACUGCAAACAAGGACAUUUUCUCGAGUCUGGUUUUGUUUAAGGUUGUUGUUUUUCUCUGUGACAUUUGAGCCUCUUGACAGAACAGACUCUUAACGAGUUGGAGGAGCCAAAAGAAAACUUUCCUUCUUCACCAAAGAAGCAGAAGAGGAGGACUUAUUUCAAGAGUUUGAGAGAUAAUGCAGUCUUUCUUGCUGCUUAUUUCAAUACCAAGCGCGGAAUCCGGAUAGUUUUCAGCCAUUUAUAAAGGAAAGAUAUGCUUCCUGGUUAGAAAAAAAAAAAUCAUCGUAUAAAGAAAGCUGAAGUUGAAUGUGGUAAUUUCACAAACAAAUCCUGCUGUCCAAGCUUUUUAAUUUUUCUUUUGUAAUUUUGGCAUUUCCAGAGCAAAACCUUAUUUUUCCUCUUCAUCACUAUCCCCUCAGCGUCUAUAACAGCCACGACAAGUCAAGAGUGAGUCUGGACUAGAACUGCCUCAGAUCAGCAGAUAACACCUCUGCACGGCAGGAACUGGUUGGACUAGUUUAUAAGUUGGAGGAGAGGGCAGGGCAGUUUAACCCUGCUUGAAGGAGAGCUGUGUUGUCAUUUUUCCUCCCACUCGCUUGUCCUUUUUGGAGAAAGUCCUACCCUGUCGCUGACAGAGGGGCACAGCUUCUUUUUCCUUUGGAUUGGACUCGGUUUGGUGCCCAUGCUUACGGAUAAGUGAGGUGUUUUGUACCUUUUACUUCUUCCACAAGGGGGGGGGGAGAGAAAGUGAGAGGGAGGGAGAAAGAGAGUCAAAGUGUAAUUUAUUGUUUCCUGUGAAAAGAGCAAGGCUGCACCCUUUUCUUCUGCUUGAACUCUGAACCGCUCAAUGUGUGUCUGAAGUUUUUCUCAGAACUCCGUGGCCAUUGAUCGGAGGUCAGGACACAGAACACGAGGGUGAAAGACAAGAACAGAGAGAGCAGAGGGAUUAUAGAAGAGAGAGAGAGAGAACAACACUGCCAAGGACCUCCAGGUCAUUACAACCGCACGGCAAAGGGGAGAAAAGGUCAACACGAGAGAGCACGAGACAACUUUUUGUCCUUCUUUUGAGUUCUUCUUGGACAGAACUUGCCUUUAACACAAACUGGAGCUGCUGUUCUCUUGUGUGGAGCCAUUUUUUUAGACUUUGAGUGUAGUUUGAAGCUGGGGGACCGGGCGGGUCUGUGUAUGAUCCACUCUCAGGGCUGCGUGGCUCAGAGAAUAUGGCCAUGGUGAGCGGGGGAUGGGGCAACCCCAACGGGGACACUAAUGGACUGGGGGAGAAGGCUUACCUGAGGAGGGAGGAAGAUGACGGCUCGCCUCAGGCUGGGAGCAGCGAUGUGGACGUCGCGGACGAGGACAAGUCCUGCGUGGUGGACUGUGUGGUGUGCGGGGACAAGUCCAGCGGGAAGCACUACGGUGUGUUCACCUGUGAGGGCUGCAAGAGCUUCUUCAAGAGGAGCAUCAGGAGAAACCUCAACUACUCCUGCAGAUCAAAUCGAGAAUGCCAAAUCGAUCAGCAUCACCGCAACCAGUGCCAAUACUGUCGUCUGAAGAAAUGUUUCCGUGUUGGAAUGCGCAAAGAAGCAGUCCAGCGAGGGCGCAUCCCUCCAGCUCACACAGGUAUCAGUCCAAACUCCAUGGCAGGAGGAGUUGGUGGACCAGUACCAGGUCACAUUGGUGCGGACUUCUUCAACGGACAGCCAGUGUCAGAACUCAUCUCCCAGCUCCUCCGGGCUGAGCCGUACCCUAACAGCCGCUACGGGACCCCUUACAGUCAGGCACAAAUGCAGGCGUCUGCGAGCGGAGCCUCCGUCAUGGGCAUCGACAGUAUCUGUGAGCUGGCCGCCCGGCUCCUCUUCAGCACCAUCGAGUGGGCCAGAAACAUCCCAUACUUCCCAGAGCUUCCAGUCUCAGAGCAGGUGGCGCUGUUGAGGCUGAGCUGGAGCGAGCUCUUCAUCCUGAAUGCAGCUCAGUCUGCCUUGCCUCUACACAUGGCUCCUCUGCUGGCAGCUGCCGGGUUUCACUCGUCCCCCAUGUCAGCUGAGCGUGUCGUGUCCUUCAUGGACCAGGUCCGGGUUUUCCAGGACCAGGUGGACAAGCUGAACCGGCUCCAGGUGGACUCAGCUGAGUACAGCUGCCUCAAAGCCAUUGCACUGUUUUCACCAGAUGCAUGCGGGCUGACUGACCCGGCCCAUGUAGAGUCCCUGCAGGAGAAGGCCCAGGUCGCCCUGACAGAGUACGAGAGGUUACAGUACCCAAAUCAGCCUCAGCGCUUUGGCCGCCUCUUGCUGCGCCUACCGGCUCUACGAGCUGUGCCAGCAAACCUCAUCUCCCAGCUCUUCUUCAUGAGACUGGUGGGCAAGACACCUAUCGAGACGCUGAUCCGAGACAUGCAGCUAUCAGGGAGCUCCAUCAGCUGGCCCUACGUACCAGGACAGUAAACCUUGCUGAGUCCACAGUGAGACUCACCGAGAUCAGAUUGGGAGGAAACAGAGCUACAUACAAGCACAAACUGAAUGUUAUGGAUACAAACUGGUAUCUCAGAAGUUUAUGGUACUGUUUGUGAGCAUAAAGGUCAACUUUUCCCACAUUUUCUGUUUAAAGUUUGGUCUAAGGCAAACUAAAGCUGCCUUGGGAGAACUAAACGUGUAAUUGUCUUUAUAUUUAUGUUUGCAGCACUUGUGAGUUUAGCACUGGCCGCUGUCUGAUCUCUCUCAGUCUCACUUUGGAGAAAAAAAACCAACAAUAACAGAGCUUUAAGUGAAGUUCAGACUCUAAAAUGAGGCCAUGUGCCUGUACUACCUCCUCCCAUAUCACCCCUCAUGUGACUCAGUUUGAACCAGGCUCUGUGUGUUCCCCCUGAUUUAUUUUUCUUUCUUUUGAAUCAAAGAGAAGCCAUAGAAUUGCCACUUUCAAAGGCAGGACUUCAGUGGCAGCUUUGGAGUUUUUACAUCGUCACAGUCAGUUAUGUCAUGUUCGAUAAAUAUCAGACUGUCACCAAAUGUAUUUGUCAAAGACUGCAAAGAAUCACGUUGUACGACAUAAAAACAAAGACAAGGCAAUGGCAUUGUAUUGUAUAUUGUACUGUUUGAAGUAUUGUGUAUAUUAGACAUUUUGUAUGUUAUAAGGAAUAGUUCAACAUUAUGGGAAAUAUCAUUAUUGCUUUCUUGUAUGUUAACAUGAGGUUGAUUUCACUUUCAUGUCAUUGCUGCCAAUAUGAAGCUACAGCUAGCUUAAAUUAGCCUAGUUUAGCAUAAGGACUGGAAAAAAGGAUGGUACAGCUAGUCUGAAACUAUCUUAAGGCAAUACAAAAAAAAAACCUCCAGCCAACACCUCUAAACCUAACUCAUAAAUAAAGGUGCUGUAGCUCUGGUUUGUUACCAUUAGACAGAGCGUUGAUAAUUAUUCCAGUCUGUAUCCAGCCUUUAUACCAAGUUAAGCUAACUAGUUGCUGUGCAUACAGUAAUUCCUAAAUGGUUAGCUAUUCCUAAAAUAUAGUAUAUUGUACAAUGUUGUGCUUGCAGAUGUAAUGUACAUUAAGUGGAGGGGAAUGUGCUCAAACACAACCUGGCUCUCAGAUAGUCACAUCCCUGUCGAACAUUAUUACCUCAUAUUUUAUACAUCAAAGACGGAGAUUGUAAAUCCAUGUGCUAAAGAUGAAUAUAAAGGGAUCAAGGUGUCUUUACCACAGAAACCAUUAGCAGUUAUAGUCCCCUUAUAGACCUCCACCACACUUUGUCCAAAAUGUAUUUUAAAAAUGUUUUGAAAUGUCAAACUUGAUAUAAGCGGAGACCCAAAGUUUGACAUCAUUAACAGGAAGCUGCAGUCUGGUGACUUUUGCGCUUUUGUUAAAUCUCAAACGGUUUGUUUGCUUUUAUAAAGGUAGUGGUAGAUCAUUUGGAUUUUUUUCUUUCACAUAUUUGGUUUCCUUUUUUAAAGCAUCUUGCAAAAGCACCACCACGUGGACAGAGGUCAUGUUCAGAUAAUUAUUCUUAUGCAAAGUUCUCCAUGUGUUGUAUGCGUUGAAAGGUUAUGGAUUUUUGUUGGUACUAAGAUAAAGGUACUAAGUCGUCACAUUCAUGAGUGUUUCUGCCACUAACUGCAGCUCAUUGUGACAAAUGUUUUCUCUUGCCAAAUUAAAUGACUGAAAAAAACAUA